CCGAACUCCGGCGGCUGAUAACGGAAGUGUGCUUUGUCUCAAUCCCUCUCUCGGUGAUCUCUCCUAAACCUCUUCCCCAUCUUUAAGGAUGUCAUCUUUGAAACGAAAGCACGACGCCGUGGGAGAAGACAAUCUUGUUGAUGGAGAAAAGAUCAAUACAGAGAACGGUUUCUUCGAUAUAUAUGGACCCGAAGCGAAACCAGAACUCGUUUUCAACACUCCGGACAUAACUUUGAACUUACAAGAUGUUCAAGGACUUGUGACAUGGGUUCUUGGUGAAGGCUAUAUGCCCUCUUGGGUAUUCAUCAAGAAUAAGCCUCUAAUUCCAAAGGUUGUUUUGCUCUACCUCCCUGGAUUGGAUGCAGAUUUGUACUUAUCACAGUCCAAAGCACUUUCUAGGUUGAAAUCAUGUUGUGGCAAUCCUAUACCUCUUUUAGCUUUGAGGUUGGUCUGUGCAGUUGAUGAGAUGAAGACAAUAGAUACAAUACUUACUUGCAGGGGUAAGAAGAAGAAAACUGCUACUAGUCCAAUGGAACCACCAGAAGCAUGUAACCUGACGGGGAAGGCCUUUAGUGAGCUCACAAAAGAUAUACCAUUCCCUGUUGCAUACUACACUCUAAGUCGAAAAGAAAUGGAACAAAAUGGAUACAAGUUUGAGACAGAGUUUAUUUCUACACUUCCUGCACCAUCAGGAUCAUGCCUCCAUGAGAUUUUAGCUCUUGAUUGUGAGAUGUGUAUUACAAAGGAUGGUUUUGAAUUGACAAGAGUGACACUGGUUGAUAUAGAAGGACAGAUUCUACUAGAUAAGUUAGUCAAGCCAACAAAUCACAUUACUGAUUACAAUACAAGGUAUAGCGGAAUAACAGCUGAGAUGAUGGAGGGAGUUACAACAACCAUUAGAGAUAUUCAGGAAGAGUUCUUAAAGCUGGUCUUUAAAGAGACAAUACUAGUAGGACACUCUUUGGAGAAUGACUUGGUUUCUCUGAAGAUAUCUCAUAACCUGGUGAUUGACACUGCAGUACUAUACAAGCAUCCACGAGGUGGUUCUUAUAAAACCAAACUUCGGAUCCUAGCGAAGAAGUUUCUCGCUAGAGAGAUACAAAUGUCUGAAACAGGACAUGACAGCGUCGAAGAUGCAAAAGCAGCGAUGGAUUUGGCACUAAUGAAGAUCAAAUACGGACCUGAGUUUGGUUCACCACCUGAGAUGAUAAGAAAGAGACUCCUCAACGUUUUGAAUGAGAGUGGGAAAGCCACUUCUAUUGUAGACAACAUCAACAUCGUGAAACGGUAUGCUUCUGACUCAUCAAAUGCAAUUCCAGUGUCUGAUGAUGAUGAAGCACUUUCAAAGGCCAUGAAAGAGGUAAAGAACAGGCGGUCACAGUUCGUUUGGACACAGUUCUCGGAACUCAACACACAUUUUCUGACCAGAGCGGAUGAUACGGAGAAACUAAACUCAAGACUAGCGAAAAUGAUCUCAUUACUGACGUGUUCAGCCUCUGAGAAACGUCCCAAAAGCAAAGUCUCAGCUGAAACUAAAGAGAUUUUGAAGAAAAUGGAUGAAAGAGUGGAUGCCCUUCACACUGCAUUACCAACAAAUGCAAUGUUUAUAGUUUGUACAGGACAUGGAGACACAUCCAUUGUACACAGGUUGAGGAAAAUGCUGAGAGAUGAGAAGAGUGAGAUUGGGUUUAGCCGUGAGGAAGUUGUGAAGGUUCUUGAAGAGCUUCAAGCACAAGCUGAAGUAGCUCUCUGUUUUGUAGGUAUCAAGCAAUGAAAGCGUAUAACACGGACCCUUAAUUUUUUUGGCAUUGUAUACUUUAUGAGCAACCAAUGUUUACAUACUUGUAAAUUUCAGUUCGGUAUAAUCUUUUGAUAGUAUUGGUUUAUUAUAUAACUUUG